GCUCCGCUCCCGCCCCGCCCCGCCGGGGACGUGGCCCAGCGCCCGGAGGAAGCCGCGUCCUUCUCCUCUCCUCCUCCUCGGGCUGGGCGGCCGUGCCCGGGCCGGGAGCGCGGCCCGGGCCUCCCCAGCAGCCCGGAGCGUUGCCGGAGCUUUCGGGUGCUCAGGGAAGCCGCUCGUCCUUCUCCCGAACAGCAGCCGGCGGCGCGUCCGCGGUGACACACGGGCUGCUUGUGCUGGCUGCCGAGGGCCCUCGGGGGCAGAAGAAUGACUUAAUCACCAUCCAGCCCUUGUGGCCAAGGCAGGAGCAGGGCUAGGGCUGCCAGUAACAUGGCUGUGCCUGGAGGCUUACAGAGGCAGCCUGCCAACAGAGGCCUUGUGUCCCACUGCACCCACCAUCAUAUUGUUGUGUUCCUGCUGACCUUCUUCAGUUAUUCCCUGCUCCAUGCCUCCAGAAAGACAUUCAGUAAUGUCAAAGUCAGCAUUUCCAACCAAUGGACUCCCUCCUGCCUAAACAGCACAGCCCCCGAGCUCCGGCCAUAUGAGCUCUGGAACAGCAGCCAUUUAUUUGAAAGUGCAGAAGAAGCAACUCUCUUCCUGGGGACAUUGGACACCAUCUUUUUGUUUUCCUAUGCUGUGGGUCUCUUUGUCAGCGGCAUAGUUGGGGACCGCGUGAAUUUACGCUGGGUUUUGUCUUUUGGCAUGUGUUCUUCUGCUCUGGUGGUGUUCUCCUUUGGCACACUCACAGAAUGGUUGCAUUUCUACAACAAGUGGUUCUACUGCUGUCUCUGGGUUGUGAAUGGCUUGCUGCAGUCCACUGGCUGGCCCUGUGUGGUUGCUGUCAUGGGAAAUUGGUUUGGAAAGGCUGGGAGGGGUUUUGUCUUUGGACUCUGGAGUGCCUGUGCAUCUGUGGGAAAUAUCCUUGGGGCAUUCCUUGCCUCCUGCGUUCUCAAGUAUGGCUAUGAGUAUGCUUUCUUGGUGACGGCCUCAGUACAGUUUGCUGGAGGAGUCAUUGUGUUCUUCGGGCUCCUGACGUCACCGAAGGAAGUGGGCCUCCCUGAGCUUGGAGCAGAUGAAGACGAAGCCAAUUUGGAAGAAGAUGCCAACAGACCUCUAAUGGGCAAUGAUGAUGUAGAUGAUGAUGACCAGAAUUACUCCAUUCAAGCAACUGACAAUGACAACCAGCCCAAGGCCAUUGGCUUUUUCCAGGCUUGUUGCCUUCCUGGUGUAGUACUGUACUCUUUGGCCUAUGCGUGCUUGAAGCUGGUGAAUUACUCAUUCUUCUUCUGGCUGCCCUUCUACCUCAGCAGCAACUUUGGAUGGAAAGAAGCAGAAGCUGACCAGCUCUCAAUCUGGUAUGAUGUGGGAGGAAUCAUAGGUGGGACUAUCCAGGGCUUGAUUUCUGAUGUGCUGCAGAAGAGAGCCCCCGUGUUAGCAGUGAGCCUGCUCUUUGCUGUGGGCUCUCUCUUUGGAUACAGCCGUUCCCCAAACAGCAAACCUAUCAAUGCUGUGAUCAUGGCAAUUACAGGAUUUUUCAUCGGAGGCCCUUCUAACAUGAUCAGUUCUGCAAUUUCUGCUGAUCUGGGGCGUCAGGAUCUGGUGAAAGGCAGCAGCGAGGCUCUGGCGACAGUCACAGGAAUUGUGGAUGGAACAGGCAGUAUUGGUGCUGCCGUAGGCCAGCCUGAGUUGCUGCUGGGCCAUCUCAUUGUCUGCUGGAUAUCAUCUCUGGUGUUUAUUUGGCCGUCCAUGUCCUGCUGGGUGACAGCCACCAUCAUGUGACUGAUGGUUGUGAGUUCUCCCCUCCUGCCAAGAGACAAGUAGGCAUAUUUGUGGGUACCUGUAUCUGGUUCAGCCAGAAGUACCAGAAAACUCCCCUUUCUCCCUUCUGGCAACCUCCCUGCCCUGCUCUCCUACUUUAUCCUUCCUUUAUGCCAUGUACAGUGUAUGGCAUGUGCUCUGGGAGAUACACAAAGUCAGGCAUGGGCUUUGGAUACUUCUAUUGUGCAACAAUUAGUGCCCUCUUCUCCCAUACCCUCUUCUCUACUAGUGUGCUGGUGGUUAUGUCUUUGAUAAGAACAGGUUUCUCGCUAAGACCCUCACCUAUAGUCAUAAGUCAGCAUUCUAGAGCUACCAAUAAACCACUUUUCCAUGCUGAUAGCAGCCCUCAGCCCUGUGGACCUUGCUGAAGGUCUGUGAAUGGCUAGAGAAUAAAACACUAGUGGAUGAAGGAUGUUGCACAGCAAACGUAGUCUGCGAAGAUGAUGUGCCUGUAGAUUCAUUCUGUAGAGUGUGCAGAGUGAAUGAAUUCCAUACACUCUGCUUAUUUGAUUGCUAGUUUUAACCACAGAAUUCCCACACUCAGUACCUAGCACCAUGACCCAAACUCCACUAUGAUCCUGACUCCACAUUGGCCCAUACAACAGUGAGCUGUACCUGACCCGUUUAUUCACAAGCAUGCAUUAGAGUACCAGACAACUGUAUCAUCUUCCUAUCAUUCUAGUUCCUCAGUCCUAAGAUUUUCCUCCUAGCCCUGGCAUUUCCUCUACCUUCCACUGUCCACCCAUGGCAAUAUUUCUCCCCAAACGUAAGCCUGAGCACAUCCAUCAUCCUUACAGGAUCAUUGGAAGCCACUUGAUGUGGUGACUCAAGUGCCUUUGCAGGUUUAUUUUAUAAUGAUAAGAAACAGGUAGAAUUUCUGCACAAUCCUCACAUUAUUCAGGAAGAAUCCUACACUUAAAGUCCUUUUUACCCCACAGCCUGAUUCCAGCUUUAAGGAUAAACUAUCAGCCAGCAUUCCUUGAACCACAAGCAGAAGCAUUGUGCCUUACUGAGCACCAGCACUCAGGCUUGCCCUGAAGAUCAAGCAGAGGUGGUGCUCUUCAGUCCUUGGUGCCCCAGUCUCUAACCCUGACUUUAGUGUCUGAAGAUCCAAUGCUUGUUACUUACCUGUACCUCUGAGUGCCAGAGCCACUCACCCCUGCCAGCCUCAGCCCAUAUGACUGUGUUUCUAACAUUUUUCCUGUAAUCCAGGCAUGGAGAUGGAGGCAGCCGCUGGGACUUGCUUGGUGUACGAGCUGUAAGUUGUGUUUUUCAGAGCUGGGGCUUGAUGGGGCAGAGCAAGUUUUGGUGGAUUUUAGGGUGGAAGGAUUAUAUUUGGGCAUGGCUUGAAGGACUAAGUAGCUUGCUCAGCUGCUGAGGGGAUGGUAGGCUGGGUACAAGAUGGGGCAUGGGGCAGUGUGACAGUAUCCGUACAUCAGUGAGCGAGCAGGCAGUCAUGCUCUGUGGCACUGAUCACUCUCCUUUCCUAAAACAAGCUUCAUUCUUCCCAUCUUCUUAAUUCUCAUUGCGUUUCUACUUGGUCUUCAUCACUGACUCCAGCCUUUUUCCUCCAGCCUUUGGAUUUCCAGAGCUACCAGCUGCUCUAGAGCUGGUUCUUCAGCCUUCCCCAGCUCUCUGUCAUUGCUGCCGUGACUGCUUUUGACAGUCAGAGCUCAGCAUAUGAAGGCCAAGCAUAAGAACUCUAUGUUGCCUACUAGAAGGUGAUCUGCACACUAUAUUUCACAUUGGUGUGUCUUGCUGGUUGAGAGACAAGAAUGGAGAGUGCUAUGGCCUCAAGUGUCUUCAGGUAUUGUCAUGUAGCUGUGAAUACUGAGCUUGGUUCUGAAAUUUUUUUGGGAUUGGCCUUUAACCUAGCUUCAUUUAAUUAUUUACAUUGAAGGUAGGUAUUGCUUUUUUUUUUUUUUUUUUUUUUUUCUGAACUGUGUUUAGUAAGAUUAGUCAUGGAAUAGCUCUCCAACUUUCUGGAAAGAAUACUUAUUAAAAGGGGUUUUGUAAUUGUUUUGCUGUGUUACAUUCAAGUAUAGCCUAGUGUUGUUUGAAAGAAAGCUUGGAAAGAGAAAAGCUGACAGCAGGUCAGACUGAGGGAGGUGGAGCUGGUUUAUGCUACUUUUUUUGCAACAGAUGAAGUUGGUAUUCCCCACCUGAUUAAGGUGCAGCAGACUGAAUCACUAACACACCUUGUUCUGAAAUAAAUCAGUGGCAAAACGACAUUGCUUGUGGCAGUAGGCAAAGUCCUUAUUAAACAGCAAGCAUUACUUUGCGUGCUUAAGAUCACAACUACUCUCUUUAAACAAACAAACAAGCAAACUUUUUUUCCCACAAUCAAAGCCAGUGAAGGGCAGGUCCCCACACUUCCUCAUUCUUGGCACUCUCACUGAUGGGUUGUCUUUUUCAGUGAAAACUUCCUCACCCAACCCGGCAGUGCUGGAUUCACCCUGAGCCCGUACAGGUCUCCUCCCCAUGUCAGGCAGCCUCACCCCGUGACUCCCAGGAAUACCCACCUAUUCCCAUCUGCCUUACCAAGGGGGGUUCAGUGGGUUUGUCCUUUGCAGACACUUCCUGAUACACAGCACGUCUGCAUUUUUAUGGCCAAUUUGGAUAAAGACAUUGCUCCAGCUGGUAACUGCAGCUUCCAGAUAAGACUGACCCCCUGACAAUGUAAGAAACACCCAACUAAGGAGUAAGGAAUUGUCCAUUUUCAGACUCCAGAGUGGCUACACAUGCCAACAUUUUGUUGCACAGACACGGAAUAACAACUCUAACUAGAAGAGUUCUCUUGGCAGUUAUUACCUUAUCUGUAAUUGAUUCUGUGAGAGUUUGCAGGCCCUACCAUUAGAAAGUAACUUCCUGCGUGUGUCUUCGAAUCAGAUUAAUAAAGGGAAACAAUAUUUUUAA